UGGAGGAGAAGGCGAGUGUCCGGGAGGAAACUUCCCCAAGUUGGAUGCGAGGAGACAGACGCGUGUUUGAGCUCCUGCGUCAGACUGAAGAAGGCGACGCUCGGCGGCGACAGGAAAAGCCUCCAGGGGUCAUGUCUGGCAGCAACGGUGCGAACAACAGCUGGACCGUCCUCACUCCUGAGGAGACUGUCGCUGAAACCCUGAAGCCUCUGGCAGACCGAACAGAGAAUCAUGAAGAAAGUCUUACAUCUGCAGCAGAGCCAGACUCUGGAGCAACUCAGGCUGCAAGGGGUGAAGCAUCUACAGAGGGCUCCCCUGCGGAGGAACACCUGGUAUCAGAAGAAAAAAGAGUGGAGCUGAUUGGAGACACAAGCACAGAGCAACACGCCUCAGUGCCGUCUGACCUCAGCGAUGCCACUGUUCCAGCUUCUCUAGAAGACACUGGCAGCUCUGCUCCGGGCAGCGAUGCCCUCAACCUCUCGGGGGGGCCACCCCAGGGCCCAGCACCGUCCAGCCCUGAUCCUGAUUCUUUCUGUGACUCCUACACCCACAUGACCCCCUCCUCUGAUGAGCCCCCAGCCUCACAUCUGACAACAGAGACUCUGGGAGGGGGCGAGUUUACACAAGAAGAAGAGAGGCUUGCAGAGGAAGGAACAGUGCAUCAGAUUAAUGGUGAAGAGCUACAACAGAAAGAUGAGUCAGACCUGUCUUCAAGAACGAGUGACCUAGGGAAACAGGCAGACUCCCCAGUGGAUUCAGAGGUGGGUGAGGAGAGGACUGAGAGGACAGAAGAGGAGGCAGAGCCAGAGGUGAGGAGGAGGAGGAGGUCUCUCUUGGCAUCUCUGGACCGGAUCGGUAGGACAGAGGAGGAAGAUGAAAGAGAGGAAGAGUUUCAGGUGCCACAGCGAGACGACGACAGCGGAUUCUCUGUGAACAAGUGCAUCCUUGCUGCCGUCAUUCUGUUAGGCCUCGGCACUAUCUUUUUCUCCGGUGUCUUCAUGGACCUGAAUGAGGAGAGUGACUAUGGGACAAGGGAGCUGAAAGAUUCUGAGGCUCCAGGAAAACAGGAGUGGCUUAAUCCAGAGGUUCCUCCACCUCCAGUCGAUGCUGACAGUACAGAGCUGCUAAAUAAGUUAGCUGAAGGGAACCAGCAUAUUUCUUUGCUACAAGCCCAAGUUCAGGCAAAGGAAGAAGAGCUAAAAGUGGCCAAGGGACUGGCAGCAGAGGGUGCAACGGAGCGGCUGCAGUGGGAGGAGGUGGAGAAGGAAAACAGUAGGUUGAAGACAGAGAUGGCAUCUCUCCCUGUUCUUCAGAAAGAGAAUGAGAGGAUGAAGAGAGAGCUGGAGUCUGUCCUGGCCCUACAGAAAGAACUAGAAACACUGAGAUCGACUGUGACUGAAUUAAAACGCUCCUCAGCAGCCACUGAAGCCACCCAAGCACCUGUGAAGUCCACAACAUCGCCCUCCAGUGGUCAGGCAGAGGAGAGCAGACAGGACACAAAUAAAGAGGGAGAGGACAGGAAACCAUGGAAGGACCAGAAAGAGAAGAAGACGGAUUGGAAGAAGGAGAAAUAUGACACUGGUGAAAAGAAGGAGUGGAAAGAGAGAGAGAAAUCUGAAUGGAAGGAAGGAGAGAAAAAGGAGCGCAAAGAUAGAGGUAAAACGGAAUGGAAAAAGGGAAAACAUGAGCAAGGGAAGUCUGACAAGGUGAAAGAUAAGGAAGGUAAACAGGAGAGGCACAGCGAUGUAACGAAACAAUACAAGGAGAAGGAGAAGAUGAAAGAAAAGGUGAGCGGAGGUGAUGAAGGAAAGUCAUGGAAGGCGAGGGAAGGAAAUAAGGAAUGGAUAGAGAAGACUGAGAGAAAAGAUCGGAAGGAAGUGAAAGACUGGAAAAAGGGGAAGCAUGACAAAGUGAAUGAGGGUCAGCAAGAGAAGAAGGGUUGGAAGAGGGGAAAGGACCAUGGAGAGAAACACAAUGGCAGGGAAGAAGGGAAUGGAAAGAAAGAAUGGAAGAAAGUGAAAGAUGGCUUCAAGGAAAGUGGCAAAGAGAAAUGGGAGUCGAAGGAUUGGAAAGAGAAAGGUGAGAAUAAAGAGUGGAAGAAAGAUGAGUGGAGGGGUAAACAUGGCAAAGAAGGGAAAAAAGGUGAAAGGAAACAGUGGGAAGAAAGUGAAAAUCACAGCAGGAAUGGUAAAGACAGGAAAAUGAAGGAUGAAAAGAAACAGUGGAAAGAGAAUGAGUGGAAGGGUAAAGAUGAUAAGGAAUGGAAGAGCAAGGAUGAAAAGAAACCGUGGGAAAAGCAGGAAGAAUGGAAGAGAGGGAAGAAAGAGAAAGAUCGCAAUUAUGACGGGAAGAAGGACAAAUCCAGCUCUCAAAAAAACAAAGAUGAACACCAUCAUGACGAGCAUGUGUGGGGAGAGGGGAAGGCCGCUCACACACACCGCCGCCCCUCCCUCGAACAGCCCGAGUACUGGGUCCAGCAGAGAGACCGGCUCCAGCACAAAACCAAACCACCACAGCAGUGCAACUCAUUGGAGACCUGCGCUAAGAGUGAGGGGCUGCUUCCUGUCCCCCUCCCUGAGUUUGAAGCUAUCCUCCAAAUUUACCUAGACAAGGCAGAGGAGGCGGGAGUGGAUGCUUCCAAAAUAGAGGAGCUCAGAAAGCUGGCUCCAGAGUUCUUCAAGGAUGGAGUCUUUGCUCAUGACCAAAUGAGCUUUCACGAUUUUGUGGAUGAUGUGGGGGAUAUUCUGGAAGAUAUGGUGGAAGAUACGGUGGAAGGGGACGAGAACGGGGAAGAGACGGACAGCGAAAUCGAGGAAGAAAUGGAGGAGUUUGAAAGAGAUGUCAUGAAAAGGUUUUCAGUCCCAGCAGCUGCAGAGAAAGAGGGAAUCCAAGAGGAGAAGAGGAAGGAGAGCGGACGAGGACGUGGCUAAAGAAUUAAUGGAUCCGUCAAAAGCAGCAAAGAGGAGUAGUGACAGAGGUUAUUCAAAGGGAACAUUUGUUUUUGGACCACAAAAGCGUAUAAAGGAUGCAUUUAUCAUUUUGUCAUCCUUUUUCUUUUUUUUUUUAUAGGAUCUUAUAUUACCACAUCAGUGCGUUGUUUCGGUGCCGAUUCAAUUUACAGUUUAACUUCACUGAUUUGGGAACUGUUUAUUUCACCUGCACACAUGCACACAGCGGGAGAGAGAUGGCUAACUUAUAGAUCAUAAGAUUUCUUUGGGAUGAACGUAAAAAAGAUGAAGAGGCUGAAACCCUACAUCUAGUUUCUUAGUUUUAUGUUAUUUUCUUCCUUCUCUCAAUCCUGUGAGAUUGAGCUGCUUUGACUCUCAUCUCUGGAAUAAUAUAACCACUGUAAAGUCUUAGUCACUCAUUGCACAUCUUCCUCUGCUAACAGCCCUGUGCACUGUUAAUGUCUUUACUUAUCAGGCCUGUAGCUGUAGUAUGUCAUCUUUAUGUUGUAAUUUCUUGAGCCUCUCUCCUGAAAGAUUUAAAAAAUGAAGUUUUUUUUAUUUAGAGUGGGGUGCGUGUGAAAUGGUUUGAUGAAUAUUUUACGUGAAUUAAGAGAGAAUCGGCUUUGGUUUUGAAUGUUUUGUACAUAUUGCUUUAAAUGUUUUAAAACUAUGCAGAUAGAUAUAGUUAACUUAUUUUGUAGAAACAGGCAUGAUAUAGGUAAAAUUAAACAAUUGGCAGGCACAUAAAAUAUUGACAUGUUGAGCAUGCAUGUUUCUUUUCAGGUAUCGAACUUGUGUUGUGCACUAGAAUGUUCUUAAUUAUUGUUUUAUUUGGAACGUAACAUUUGUUCAUCUUGAUUUGGGUUGUCAUGGCUCUUAGAUCAUGGGAAAUAGAUGUUGGACUCGGACAAUAAUGUUUAAACAGAUUUAUAAAAAAACAACUAACUUAUGAGGUGUUGCUGAUUCAAGGCCCUACAGCCGCACAGAGAUUGUUAACAAUGCAGAACCACAGAUUGUGUUGGCCUUUUGGCAGCAUAAGACGACUUUGUAUGUUAGAAUGUUCUUAUUUGCCGAUGUUAUUGUUAUAAGAGCAGAAUAAUAAAUUUUGUGCAUCCAUUUGAUGAAAAA